AUGGUGACAAUUAUCAGGACAAUUACGCAUUUUGUAAUAUCUUGCACGGAAUUAGAAGCUUCUCGAGUUUUGGGUAAAAAGAAAGUGGGGAUCAAACUUCUUUCCCAACACCAUGAAAUGAUUUUACCGAAAUAUUGAGAUUUAUUUGCUUUGGAAAAAGAAAAAGAAGGUGAUAAAGUCAACGUUUACAAAGUGAUAAAGUUUGCUUUGAUAUCAGCUGUAUGGGAUAAGUUUAUUCAAAAUAGUCAGAGUCGCUGCAAACUAGGUGCAAAUAUUACAAUUGGCAAACAACACUUUCCAUCUAAAGCCAGAUGCAGAUUUAUUCAAUAUUUGCCGAACAAACCCGACAAAUUUCGUAUUAACUGUACACUACAGCAGUUUUACUGAUAAUAUAAAUGAAACAAUGACAUUUUUAUCAUUUCUGAUUGAAAUUUGGAGUUUUUAUUUAAUAUAUACGUCGAACGCAGUUAACUGGUUUAGGUUAGGUUUAAGACAAGAAAUUGUGGCAAUUUUACCGUGGCUUUGA